UGCACGCGCCGCCGUGAUGGCUCGCAGCUCUGACGUGGUGAAGAAAAUCAGGAGCUUCGAACGACAGCUCUCAGACACGACACAGCCUGCUACGAUUCUGAAAACCUUGCGGAAGCUUGAGCAGUUGGAUGUAACAUUAGACAUUCUUGCUGAAACUGGAAUUGGAAAAACUGUAAACUCAUUACGCAGACAUGAACAGGUUGGAGACUUUGCAAAGUCGUUAGUUAGAAGCUGGAAAAAAAUGAUCCCGAAGGAAUCUGUAAGUAACAGAGAGAAGGAUGGAUUGGGAAAUAUGCCCUUCAAGGACCAAAAGAAUUACAGAAACUGCCCAAAUAAUAGACUUUUGACAACUGAUGAAUCAAAAAGUACUUGUUUAGCAUCUCCUGGUAAGAACCAGGAUGCUUCAGAUGAACUCUUUGUGAAAAAGGGGAAUCGAAAAACUGUUUCAGAGAAACCACAGUGUAAAGAAAAGAAAAGACAUGAGGACCAGAAUGGGAACUGUCAAAACCCAAAGCAUUCAAACAUGGAAAGUGAAACUGCAAACACAAAAAUGCAACUCCAGGAGGACAAACAUGAUGCAUCACUUUCUCAAAAGGACAAAGAUCACAGUAAAGGAAAAUCAAAAGAUCCUGAUGGUGAACACAAAAGCAAAAAAUAUAAAGACAAAUCCAGGCAUUCUUUCCAGGAAAAACUGAAAAGCAGUUCAGAUAUUGGGUCGGACAAAGAGCUGCAUAAGAAAAAGUUACCAAAAGAAGUCAAAGAACAUGUCUUAGUUAAUUCCAGUGAUAAAUGGUCAAAGAUGCAAAAUAUGGUGGAUGAAAAAGAGGACAGGUCUUCAGGACUGUGCCACAGACCAGAGGUACAAAAUUGUAACAAAAGAAAGAAACUAGGGAAAGGGAGAGACUCUGGCCUUGAAUACAGCCAUGAUUCUGAAGAUGAAAGCAAUUCAACAAAUGAGCACAAAAAGGCUAAAAUGAAGCAAAAAGAUGAGCAAAGCGAAAGCGAACCUGAGGAGCCCUCCAUGUCCUUUGAAUCUUACUUGAACUAUGACUUUAAUACAACAAAAACAAAGAAGCCAUCUCGAGCCAAGUAUCUUCAUAAAAAAAUCAAGACUGUGGUAAAACAAGAAAAAACAAAAGCUCUUUGCGUGAAGCCUGCCAAGCUACCAGUGUUAUCUACAAGUGUUGGUUCUCCAAAAAAGAAACCCACAGAGUUUCCAGACUUGGUCAAAACUUCUACAUCUGCAGUCCUGCCCGAUAGUGAUAAGAUAUCCAGUGUUGGGUACUCCCAGAGAAAGGUUGAAAACUCAGACGUUUGCAACCUCUCAGAGGAGCCUGCAGUCUUCACUGGACAACGACUUAACAGCAAGAUGCAAGUCUACUCUGGUGCCAAGACCACCUUCCUUGCAACCAUGAUGAGCUUGUACCAACAGUGUAUCCGCACCCUCCAAAACAAUGUCAACUUGCUUUAUGAAACCGGUGGAGUCCCUUUUGAAAUCCUUGAGCCAGUGUUGGAGAGAUGUACACCUGAGCAACUGCUACGCAUUGAAGAUUGCAACCCAAUCUACAUCGGUGUGACGGACCACUUGUGGGGGAAACACUGUGAAAGGGACUUUCGGGAUGCCAAACUUGAGGAGUACGAGUCUUGGAAAGAGAUGUACAUCAGGCUGUCAGAUGAGAGGGAAAUGAAACUUCGGAGGCUCACAAAAAGCAUAGUUUCUGCACAUUCUAAUAAACCUAAAGGUCGGCAGGUGAAGAUGGCAUUUAUUCACACUGCUGCCAAGCCACCAAGAGAUGUACGAAUUCAGCAGGAGAUUCAUGGAACAGCUGUCCAGCAGCCACCUCAGCUCAAGUGCAGUGGCAAGGUUCAGGACAACCGAUCAAAACAUAGUCACAGUGACCCCUCCAGAUCAAACGUAUCCAGCUCUGGGAUGAACAAUGUACAAGACGCUCGCAAAAAAACAAGAGUUGCUCCAAUGAUGGCGAAGUCUUUGAAGGCUUUGAAGCAGCUUGGACGCCGAUAAAUGCACCUAAUCGUGCCAUGUGCAAUAGUUGAGGGGAGAAAAUACUUUUGCUGUUAAUUUGGACAGUAGCUGAGAAUGAUUGUAUUCCACUUGGAUUAAUUUAACAUUUUCCCCCCUUCCUUAAACCUCUGAAUAUUCUUCACUAUUAAAUUAACUAAAUCAGCAAA